UGUCAAAGUUCACUAUAUAGAGAGCUCAGUGAGCUGAUCAGAGAGAAAGCAUUCUGCCAGCCCGGCUCCUACCAAUCGCAAAUCACUUCCUAACCUCCGCCUUUUUAACAUAUUUGAUCACUUUGAAUCUCUACUCCUUUUUCCUAUUAUUUUUCAGUGCACGGAGGAGGUUUGUAGGUUGUGAUCUUUGUUUUCUUUUUUUGUUUUUGUUUUAGUGCUUUCGCUUUUUUUGGGGAGAGUUGUCUUCAUAUUCCAGGCUCUCAAAAACAUUGGCUUCAGCUGCGCGCUUGCUGGCGCUACCUCACAAGAAGAAAAGGAAGAAGACGCAAUUUUUUUUACUCAGUUGGUGAUUUUCUUCAAGACUUGUGCUGGAACUUGAUAGUAGCUGCUACAGUGUGCUCACCAAUUGUUUCAUGCUGCUGCAGGCACGGUCUUACCAACCUGCUCCAUCAUUCACUGACUAGUCCAUGCUACCUCGGUUGAUUAUUUUAAUAUUUAGCCUACCUUUCCCAUUGAUGGGUGUACUGGAUGGCUGACUGUAAGCGCCCCUGGACUUGGCCUUUAAGCGCAAGGCAGCGACUCAGAUCGCCAUCGCAUCAGUUUUGAAAACGUGCUUCGCAACGUCUCCAACAGCAAUAAAUCGACAGUUUUCCGGAGGUUCAGAGUGGAUUCAACGUAGGCUAGAUUUGACAUUUUGUGUGUCUGGCUGUUAAUCACAGUUUAUCGCGUUUCCUUGAGACAUUAUUCACCGCGACACCAAAACGGCAGACAAAAAGUUUCUUUACGUUGACUGAUAGAUAUGGCAAUGGUAGUGUGGAGAGGCUCCCAGGACGAUGUGGCUGACACCCAAGGCACCCUUUCCUCGCAAACCCAAGGAGGACUAUCUCUUCCCACCCCUCAACCAGGCCAGUUGAAUCUGACAGCCUCUCAGGUCGCCCCUCCGACCCCUCAGACUCCGGUCCAAGGACCCCCGAACAACACACAGUCCACGCCGACGAACCAGACGACGCAGCAGUCGGAGAAACAGCCGCAGCACAUUGAAUGUGUGGUGUGUGGGGAUAAAUCCAGUGGCAAACACUAUGGCCAGUUUACUUGCGAGGGGUGCAAAAGCUUCUUCAAACGGAGCGUACGACGGAACCUCACUUACACAUGCCGUGCCAACAGGAAUUGUCCAAUCGACCAACACCACCGCAAUCAGUGUCAGUACUGCCGCCUCAAAAAAUGCCUUAAAGUCGGCAUGAGACGGGAAGUUUCUCUUUUUACUGCAGCCGUGCAAAGGGGACGGGUGCCACCCACACAGCCACACCACGGUCAGUUCGCCUUGACAAAUGGAGACCCACUCCACUGCCAUUCCUACUUAUCCGGAUAUAUCUCCCUUCUGUUGAGAGCGGAGCCCUACCCGACGUCCCGGUAUGGCAGUCAGUGCAUGCAGCCCAACAACAUAAUGGGCAUCGAGAACAUUUGUGAACUAGCAGCCAGGAUGCUCUUCAGUGCCGUGGAGUGGGCCAGGAAUAUUCCCUUCUUUCCAGACCUUCAGAUCACAGACCAGGUGGCUCUGCUGAGGUUGACGUGGAGUGAGUUAUUUGUGCUCAACGCCGCGCAGUGCUCCAUGCCCCUGCAUGUGGCUCCUCUCCUGGCGGCGGCUGGCCUUCACGCCUCCCCCAUGUCUGCGGACAGAGUGGUGGCCUUUAUGGACCACAUUAGGAUCUUCCAAGAACAAGUGGAAAAGCUCAAAGCUUUGCACGUUGACUCUGCUGAAUAUAGCUGCUUAAAGGCAAUUGUGCUCUUCACCACAGAUGCUUGUGGCCUCUCAGAUGUGGCCCAUGUGGAAAGUUUGCAGGAGAAGUCCCAGUGCGCCCUGGAGGAAUAUGUCCGGAGCCAGUAUCCCAACCAGCCAACACGGUUUGGGAAGUUGUUACUCCGCUUGCCUUCCCUCCGCACAGUCUCUUCCUCGGUCAUAGAACAAUUAUUUUUCGUCCGAUUGGUAGGUAAAACCCCAAUUGAAACUCUCAUCAGGGAUAUGUUGCUUUCGGGGAGCAGUUUUAACUGGCCUUACAUGUCAAUUCAGUAAACCAAGAAGGAGACGAACAAACAAAAGGUGGGGUUGGGGGGCUGCGAGACUACAAUGAUUAUAGCUGCUUUUGUGGAAGGAAUAAAAAACCAACCGGCUGUUACACGGGGCUGGCUUUCAUGAAGAAAGACAUUGACGUAAAUGACUGUGAAUUCCCCCCUACUCCAAAAAAAAAAAAGAAAAAAAAAUUGAGACAUCCACUGAACUUUCAAAAUGGCAGAUACAAGCUCCCAGUGUUCAUGCAGAACAACCUGUGUCGAUCCAUUUUUUAAUGAAAGAAGAAAAUGAGGAAAAAAAAGGAAAAGGGAUUUUGUUGAUCCUUAUGAGGAAAAUUUAAGUAUUAAGUGCAUUUAAAAAUGAUAAUUUGGGUAAAAAGAAAAAAACUGGAGAAAGGGAAAAUACGAAACGUGAAUUUUCUUUUCUCAAAUGACUUGUCCUGUGUCCAUGUAUAGCUGUGUUUUGUACUUUCUUUGUUCCUCCUUUCUGGUUCCAAACCGGCCUAUGUGAUUUCUGUAGUACAGGUGGUGUUAUUUUCUAAGACAAUGAUUUAUUUUGAAAAAGGUGAAAUAAUGUAAAAAAAAAAAAAAAAAAAAAAAGUUCUAAAAAGAAUUAAAACCACAGCAAUAGGAGUAUAGGUUUAUAAUCUAGGCUUAAUGCUGCAAGCGCACUUAUAUUCUGAGGAUGACCAAUAACAUCUGGGGGAAAAAGGGAGUUUUUUUGGAGUUCAUUUUCAACUUUAUGAUCCAGCGGAAACAUUUUGCUCUUUAUUAAUAUGAAGUUACAGGAUCCACUUUUGUUUUCCAAUUCAGUUUUUUUGACUAAAGCCACACAAGUUCUAUAAAAAUAAGGAUUUGAUAGUUUGACGCUCGCAGGCAUGACGAGUUUACACGAUUCGGAUUAUUUGGCAAAUAAUCUUCCCAAUUUCAUUCAGCUCUGAAUAUUUGGCAAACAAUUCCCCAAUUGGAUAUAAUAAUAAUAAUAACAAUAAAUCCUACAAGUUACCUGUGCCUGAGACAGGUUGCUCUAAAUGCGCCAUAUGUGCUUUUACGAGCGUUUGCAGUGCUUCAAACUGCACCGAAAGUAUAACUGACUUGUUUAGAAAAAAGAAUUGGAGAGGUCAAGGGUCAUAAAAGUUGGAAGCCUAUCCAGAGUAGUGUUUAAUAGCAGUAUUAUUAAAGCGUCCCUGAAAUGUCACCCUUUAUUCACUUCAAGCAUUAAGUGCCUGACAAGCAUGAUGUGAUUUCUUAUCAAAACGUUGUUAAAGUAGGCCUACAACAUUUUGGGAGGAACACAAUUAGAUUUGAAACUUCAGUCGUGUAUUUCACUUGAAAAACACUGAUUAGAGGCAGUAUUCUUGUAAAUAUAGGUCAAUUCAUUUCAACGAGUUUUUCCUUUAUACAAAGUAUAUGUGAUUAAGAAAAAUCUGUGGUUGCCAUUUUUUUUUCUCGGUAAUACAACGUCUUCAAAAUUGAGUGGCAGACUUAGCUAGUAGCACUGAAAGUUAUGUUUUUAAUGUAUAUACAUAUUACUACAAAUGUUUUCUUUUUCAUGUAUAUUUAGACUGUGAAUGCAUGGCCACAGGUCGCUAACCUAUUUUACCUUUGAUAUAUAAAUGUAAAUGUUUUCUCUCUCUCUCUCUUUUUUUUUUCUUUUUUUUUGACUGUAUAGAUAUAAUCUGUGCAUUCAGUACACUAGCCCUUGUAUUUAAAGAAACAAAAAAGAAAAGAAACGACGUUCAAUAUUAGGCUACAGACUUAAACAGGGUGAGCAGGUUUGGAAAAGGAGUUGAUAUUUUAACUUUAGUGUUAUUGCUCCUUUGGUCUUUGACAGGUGCCGUGGUGUGCGUGAGCGUGCGAGCGCGCGUGUGUGAGUGUUUGCGUGCGUGCGUGUAUUUGGAAGCUAGCAAUUUUGUCCUUGUUUUGAGGCUUUUCUUCAACACACACAAAAACACCAUGUUGUGGUUGAAUUAAAAGGGAUCACUGAUUGAACACUGAUCUUUGGCUGUUCGUAGCCACAUAUGGACCAGAGAAUGAUACAUGAUUGUAAUUAUGAACAGUUUAAACUGACCCACGUUUUUAUAUAAAUAUAUAAAAAUAUAUGACUGCAGGGUAUUGAUAACGUAUAGAUACUUUUUUUAUGAUUAUUAUUAUUAUUAUUAUUAAUUGCAAGUGAUAUAUGUGAGUGUGUGUGAAAGUUUAUAGUUGAACACAAUUCUUGUUUGUUUGUGUUAGCUUAUUGUAAACAAGCAUUCUGCUGUAAAUUUGUUCUUGGUAUUAAAUUAUAAUUUAUGAAUUUGAAAACA